AAUAAACAAACUGGCGGCACUCUAAGACAAACAGCCCCCGAGCAAGUGUCAAAAAGUAAUGUGAAAGUGGCGGCUGCCGUUCCCCCCGCCGCAAUCCCCUCCUCUCAGUCACGAACUUGUCGGUUCCUUAAUGUAGAAUGUUAAUGCAUAAGCAGUUGAAUAAGUAAUAGGCCCACAAAAUGGCAAUACUCGAGUCCUGCUGCUUCUGGAAGAAUGUGCGAAAGGGCAGCUUUGCAUGCGGCCUUUAUACUUUGAUCUACUUUGGAUUGUCGACGCUCAUGUUUACGUUUUAUGUGCGCGAGGAGCAGGAAUUUCUGCUCGGCAAAAGGACACAGCCUGUGGGCGAAAGCAUUCUCGAGAGAGGCGAUGUAACUGUAGUAACUGUGAUAUUCAACGUUUUGUUUUUGUUUUGCUCGGUGCUGAUGGUGUUGUCCUCCAUCUUGUUGAUUGUGGGUCUGCGGCAUAACAAACGACAAUUGCUGCUGCCCUGGAUUGGUUUAAUGCUCUGCGAUUUGCUCAUCGAGUGCGCCCAUCUUGUCCACCUGACGCUGUCGCGUCGCGUCAAUUUUGACCCAAUUGUUGGCUUUAUAUUCACCAUAGACUUUUUCAUACUCUGCCUGAAUCUCUACUGUCUGCUCUGUGUCAUCUCACAGUAUCAGGCUUAUCGACGCGCUGCCGCCGAGCAGCAAGAACAUCCAGCGAUGUCGCCCACAGUUAUUUUUACAGCACCCGAGAAGCUGAGCAAAUCGAAGCGUCAGCAACUUGCCGCCACCAAGGCUGGCAACAGUAAGCGGCAUUCGCAUCGACUGCUCGCUGCAAGUCCUUUGAUCACCUCCCAGCGUCCCACCAACUUUUCCACCAUCACCGAGGAGGAGGAGCAACACCAACAACAACAGCAACAUCAACAGCAGCUGCAGCAACAGUUGAAUGGCAAAGAAACAGCAGCUGCCAAUGGCAAUGGCGAUUGUGGACACAUCUCGGAGCAACCAACCAGCAAUUCCAUUGAAUCGGAUAUCCAAUUGCAUGCCAAUAUACCAAUUAUUACAUUAGAUCCCAAUUCGCUGCAAUGAUCAUGAUGAUGAUGAUGAUGAUGCAGUUACUCUCUUGGCUGUUCCCAAAGUUGACAAACUAUUUUUACAUGAAAAUCGAAUGAAAAAAUGAUUGAGUAAAAUUCAA